UGAUGCCAUCGGGUGUUCAGUCUUGGAGCGCAUCGUGCUGGACCUCUACAUUCACAACAAGACAAAACACUUCGAUCAUGAAGUACCGGGCAAGAGUAGUACUGGUCCUCCUGCUCAAAAAGGAGGAGGAAACAAGGGUGCUAGAAAGGAUAUUGAUGUAGCUGAAGAGCCUGCUAGUACU